GGUGCGGGGCGGUGCGGGGCCGUGGGAGAACCAUGGGGGCCCCCGGGCUGGAGCGGCACCGGCUGGCGCUGCUGGCGGCACGGGAGGACGUGGGCAACCCGCGGGCGGCCACCAACUGGGCCGUGUUCGCCUACGAGAAGCACCAUGACCUCAGGCUGCUGGACUCGGGAGCCGGCGGUGUGGACGAGCUGGCGGCGAAGUUCUGUGCCAGCAGCAUCAUGUACGGGCUGUGCCGAGUGCGGGACCCCGGCAGCGGAGCCCCCCGCGUCGUCCUCAUCAGCUGGGUCGGGGAGGAGGUGCCCGAGUCCCAGCGCCAGGCGUGCGCCGGACACCUGCCGGCCAUCAGAGCCUUCUUCAAGGAGGCCACCGCCGUGCUGAGCGCCCGUCGCGCCGAGGAGGUGACGCAGGAGGGGCUGAGCCGCGUGCUGGCACAGCUGGCCCCCGCCGCAGCCCCGAGCAGCAGGAGGACCCCCCCGGCAGACGGCGAGGAGUUGGUGGGCACCAACUACCGUAAGACCAACCCGGCGUUGGAGAUCCGCCGCACCAAACGGGACUCCUUCUGGGCGCAGGCGGAGCGCGAGGAGGAGCAGCGGAAGGAGGAGGAGCGGCGCCGGGCGCUGGAGGAGCGCAGGAGAUGGGAGAGGGAGCGCAUGGAGGAGGAGCGCAGGGACGCGGCGGAGCGCGAGCGGCGCUGCAGGGAGAAGGAGCAGCUCAUCGAGGAACAGCGGAAGGAGCAGGCGCGGAUAGAGGCGGAGGAGCGCAGGAAGGAGCAGCAGCGAUGGGAGCAGCAGCAGCGUGAGCACGAGGCGGCAAUGCGGGAUCGCUUCCGGCGCAGCGAAUCCAUUGAGAAGGCGGCGGAGGCGGCCGUGCUGGUGGCUCAGCGGACGCAGAACCCGCGGGACUUCUUCCGGCAGCGGGAACGCGCGGGAUCCACCUCGGGCAGCACCUCGGGCACCGCGCUGCCCGCCGGCCCGCUGGGCACACGGCCCGGCGCCCGCCGCCCCUUCCUGCGGUACCAGCGCAGCCUGACCGAGUCCGCCUUCAUCUUCCGCCGCCCGGAGACUCCCGCUUCGCCCACCGCCCCCGAUCCCGGUGCCUUCCAGGCUGCGGCUCCCCCCAGCCCCCGCCGACCCCCGGGGACUCCCACCGGCCCGGCCGGGGUUGGGCCUCCCCAUGCCGGUAGCCCCGUAGGGACGUGGCGCCCACCCUGUGCCGCCUUGGGGAGCCCCCCGAGACCCCCGGGGGCCGGCACUCCGUCUCCCAUCAGCCCCCCCGGGCCCCCUGCCAGCCCCUCCCGGCUGCAGAGCCCCCCCGGCCCUCCUGGAUCGGGGCCCUCAGACGGCACUCGCAGAGCGGAGCCUCUGCCC